AUCGGAACCGCCAUGCCGGACGCGAAGAUAACAAACCCUCCCUGGCCAAGGGCGAACAUAUUCUGGCUUUUUGGCAUCCUUGGCGUCGUUCUCGUUGCUUGGAAUUACCCAUAUACAUCCCGCUUGGUCGUCUGCUCGUCUACCUGCAAUAUCUAUACCGUCGACGAGGCUCAUCCGAGGGUGGAAUGCCUAUCUGUCGUUGGUUCGCGAAUAGCAGGCACUGGAAACCUUGCUGACUUUGCGAAUAAAUAUCCAUUGAUACCACUUACUCUUAGGCCUUAUAUCCCUGCAUGGAUCUCCAAGUUUCUCGAAUGGUCCCCCAAAGUAAUUACUAUACCACCAACGUCUGUUGUCGUUCCAGGACUUGCAGAUUCGCAUGCCCAUAUCAUCCAGAAUGGCUUCAAGAUGCAGUUAGAGUUAGAGAAAGCCAGGUCUGUGCCCGAUGUCAUAGAUCUUAUCAAGACGUACAUUCUGUCCCAUCCUGACGUAGAACGUGAUCCAACACGUUGGAUCCAAGGAAUGGGAUGGGAUCAAACGAAAUGGCCUGGCGGUGAAUUUCCCACUGCAGAAGAUUUGUCCACGGACCCACUCCUCUCAGGCAGACCUAUUGCCUUGUAUAGAGUGGAUGUUCAUGCUACAUGGGUUUCUACUCGCGUCCUCGAACUCAUCGGUGACAAUAUGCCAUCAGAAAUAGAAGGCGGAAUCAUCGUUCGUGACUCCGAAGGACGGUCCACUGGCGUAUUUUUGGACAACGCAAUGUCGAUUAUCCCGCAUCCAAAAUACACUGAAGCAGAAUUGUCCAAUUUCUUUGAAAUCACUAUGAAGAUGGCACUCCAGUAUGGAUUAACGUCUGUUCACGACGCCGCCGCUGAGCUCGAGGUCAUCGAAUUUCUGAUGAAGCAAGCCGAAACAGGGACUCUCCCCAUUCGACUUUAUCUUAUGGGAAGCGUGUCUUCUGACGAAUACUGGGGUCCUCAACUUCGUAGACUGAUAAACUAUGGGAGAGACGGUAGACUUAAUCUGAGGAGCGUGAAGCUCUUUACUGAUGGCGCUUUGGGAUCUUGGGGUGCUGCCCUUCUGGCGCCCUAUUCUGAUAAACCAGAAACCAGCGGUAUCAUGCGAAUACCACAAGAAGCGUUAUCGAGGCUUGUUCAUCAGUUCCAUCAAGAUGACUGGCAAGUGAAUAUACACUGUAUCGGUGACAAGGCCAACAGCAUUGUGUUAGGCAUCUUAGAAGAUGUUAUUUUAGGACAAAAUGGAUCCCGAGAAACGGAUAUAACGAAAUGGAGGCCUCGAAUCGAACACUCUCAAAUUAUGACACUUGCAGACAUUGAAAGGGUUGGCAGACUUGGUGUCAUCCCUAGUGUCCAGCCCACUCAUGCGACAAGUGAUAUGUGGUACGCAGAGACACGCUUGGGUCCUGACAGAAUGAAGGGUGCAUAUGCGUAUCAGUCUCUGCUCAAAGCCUCUGUCGGAAAAGUCCUUCCUCUUGGUUCCGAUUUCCCCGUCGAAGGCGUAAAUCCACUUCUAGGCUUCUACGCUGCUGUAUCUCGACUCUCUAUAGACGGGACAUCACCUCACGGUCCCGAUGGAUGGUACCCCGAGCAGAAGUUGACGCGCACUCAAGCUUUAAAAGGCAUGACGCUGGACGCCGCGUAUGCUUCUUUUGCUGAAACGGACUUGGGCUCCCUGGUGCCGGGGAAGAAGGCUGAUUUCGUGGUUUUGGACCGGGACAUUAUGACAAUCCCGGUUGGAGAGAUUUUGGACGCCAAAGUGACCUCUACAGUGAUAGAUGGUCAGGUUGCUUAUGGUGCUUUAUGAAGCCUGUGGGGUACAUAGAUUGUUGGCUGGCAUUUUCAUGAUUGAAGCAUCUGCCGCCGUCCUUUUUAUACUGAUUUCGGGUACGAUUUAGAAGAUGUGGGUAGACUACGGCAUCAAUAUACCAGUUCACCAG